CCUCUCCCCGCUUCCCCGCCGGCCUUCCCGCCGUCCGCGCACGCGAACUCCCGGCUCCCUAACUCAUUGCUGUCUCCAGCGAGGGUGAAGCGACUUGUCUGCCAUAGCUUGUCAGGAGAUGUUUAAGUGACGGCCCGAUCAGACCACGCCAUGGAGAAGACCGAUGCAGAUGGCCAGCUACCCAAACCUGAUGGUGAGAAGGAGCAGCCCCGCAGCCUCCCCUACUCCGUGGAGACGCCCUAUGGCUUUCACUUGGACCUGGACUUCCUGAAGUAUGUGGAUGACAUUGAGAAAGGCAACACCAUCAGGAGGGUUCACAUCCACCGGAAAGCCAAGCAGCCCAAGUUCAGCACCCUGCCCCGCAACUUCAGCCUGCCCGAGAACGGCUCCCGACGAGGAUGCACGGCUGCUCCCAGCAAGAGCUGGACAGCGACCUGCUCCUUCCCGCAGCGAAAGGCAUCACUGGGAGCAGAGGAGCCCCCUCGUCCCCUCCUGCCCGGCGAGGGCCCCCUUGCCCUGGCCGAUGAGCCGAGUUAUCGGAGGAAAGCCCUUCUGGCGGAGACGCGGCGGCAGGCGGAGCGGGGCUGGCAGGACACGGAGCUGCGGGGGCGGCCGCUGCUGCUGCGUGCUGCCAGCAUGCCCGUGGCACUGCUGCCUGGCCAGCCCCAGCCCGUGCCCGCCAACGGCAGGGUGCCCUCGCCCCUCCAGCCACCUCCCCAGCACUGCCUCGACCAGAGUGGCUCCGAAAGCACUUCUCGCCCCACGCCGCCUUCACCUGCCUCUGACGGCACCGUGUUGGCUCUGCCCCGGGACACCAGCUUGGAGCAGAAGGAGCAUCGGGAUGGAGGCAGCCCGGGGCUGGUGCAGGUGCAGUCCUCGUGGCAGAGCCAGCAUCCUGCGGUCCCGCAGCUGCAGGUGGUGAUGGAGAGCGGCGGUGAGGACGGCGAUGCCGACGCCGCUGGUUGCUCCGCCUUGGUAGGGGAUGGAGCAGCGUCCCCCACUGCCCUCCAGCUCACAGAGGAGAACAUCAGCCCUGGAGAAGGCAAGUUAAGCGUGAGUGAUGCUGCUCCAGACGUGCUGAAGGAAGCCGAGGAGGAGAGUGUCUGGGCUGGAGAGAAGGAGAGCUGUGGUCCUCAGCCUCAGGACGCUGGAGAUCCCGGCGGGGUUGCGGCGCUGAAGCGGCAGGUUGCUGCUCUGGAGCAGCAGCUGGGCCAGAAGAAGGAAGAGCUCGAGCAGAUCAGGGCAGUGCUAGAGCGGCAGGAUCAUGAGAUCAAGGAGAAGGAGAAAAGCAUUAAGUUACUGUCCAGCUCCAAAGCUCAGCUGGAAGAGAAGCUGUGCCAGGCAACCAGCAGAGAGGCCGCGGUGCUGCCGGGGCGCAGCAGUGGGGCUCCGCAGUGUUGUGAUGCCGCCGUGAACACCGACCUCUUGCAGGUGCCUGAGGCCAAGCAAGCCCAUGAUAAAGGCAUCAAUGUCAACAUCCCAGUCCCCACCAAAUCCAUGGGACGCGGUGUCCACAGGGCAGACAACGGGAACGCGCAGGUGAUGGCACUGGGUGCUCAGAGAGACCAGGGACUGGCAGACGCUCACACCAGCAUCAGCGCAGAGGGACAUUUUGGUGAAGCCAACAGCGAGGCUGGGCCUCAGGCACCAGGCUUCACCCCGCUGAAGAUUGAGGAGCACCUCAGCGAUGACAAUCAAAAUCACAGGAAUAACUACGAUACCCAGAGCCUUGCUGCUCAAGCAGAAAGUUACCGAGGAACAAGAGCUGACUGGAACACAGGAGAGAACAAGACAGGCUUUGGUGAAGAUGAACCUCGAGAUGGGCUGGAAGAGGAAGGUUCCCCUGACCACGAGGAUCUUCCUGCUGUCGACCCCAUCGGCCAAUACGUAAAGAAGAUCCAGGAGCUUUUGCAGGAGCAGUGGCUGUGUUUGGAGCACGGCUACCCUGAGCUAGCCAGUGCUAUUAAACAACCAGCCUCCAAGCUCAGCUCCAUUCAGAACCAACUUGUCAAUUCCUUAAACUCCUUGCUGUCUGCCUACUCUACGCGAGGGCCCACGGAUAAGGAGAAUUCCAACACACACUGUCAACAGUUGGAAGUCUCUCCAGCCACAAGUCUUAAAUCUAUCAUGAAAAAGAAAGGUUAUGGUUUCCACGCAGGAGGCAAUGGGACCAAAAAGAAUCUUCAGUUUGUUGGGGUAAAUGGUGGCUACGAAACGACUUCAAGUGAAGACACAAGUUGUGAGGACAGCCCGUCAGACGGCGAGGCAGAGAGCGAGACGGAGGGGAGAGAGGAGGACUUGGAGCCCACACAGGAGAAGGCUGGAGGUGACAGCAAAGAGGCUUCACCAGGGACCUCCUCUCGAGAGAAAUGUGAGGAUGAUGACCCUCAGGAGCUGUUGGCUGAAGCAGAAUCUUGCACUCAGCACGAGGCUGACAGAUGCAAACCCUCUGAAGAUUUCCUUGCCAACUGCCAGCUGCUCAGCCAGCACCUCUCAGAAAUCAGGACCACGAGCGACAAGCAUCUGCAGCACGUCCUGAGCAGCGUGUGCCAGGAGUGGUUCCGGGUGUCCAGCCUCAGCUCUUCCAGCCCUGAGGUGGUGGCGGCGUAUCUGAGGGCGCUGGAGGCCACCCAGCCCCAGGUCCUGGCCACGGUGGUCAACCUGGCUGACAGCAACGGCAACACGGCUCUGCACUACAGCGUCUCCCACUCCAACUUCCCCGUUGCAAAGCUCCUGCUAGACACAGGCGUGUGCCGCCCGGACCUGCUGAACCGUGCCGGCUACACGGCCGUGAUGCUUACCCCGCUGGCAGCUGCUGAGACGCCCGAGGACAUGGAGGUGGUGAUGAAGCUGCUGAAGGAGGGCAAUGUCAACCUGAGAGCUGCCCAGGGAGGCCAGACCGCCCUGAUGCUGGGCGUCAGCCAUGAGCGGGACGACAUGGUGCGAGCCCUCCUGUCCUGCCAGGCCGACGUCAACCUGCAGGACGAGGAGGGGACCACGGCCCUGAUGGUGGCCUGCAGGCAGGGCAACGCCGACAUGGUGCGGCUGCUCCUGGCCCAGCCCGGCUGCCAGCUCGCACUGACCGACAAGGGCGGCAACUCGGCGCUGUCGCUGGCCCAGCGCGCUGCCCGCGGGGACAUCGCCGCGCUCCUGCGGGCCCACGCCGAGCACGGCCCUUCCCUCUCUGCCUGAAGAGGGAACGAGGAUGGGGAGUGGGGAACAAAGAGCUCCUUCCUGUGCCAACCCUGCUGCUCACCUCAGCUCGUGGGUUUCCCUUCGCACAGGGGAUGAACCCUGUCAGUUACCUGCACGUGUUCCCUAUGCCUAAUCCUCCUCACGAAGCACACUCGCACCCCCACUAGUCUCUGCAUGUUGCCACAAAUGACUCCAAGCCCUCCCAUACUCUCCUCCCAGGAUAGAUUUGGCAGGUGAGUGUUUGAAAUGAAGGAGAGGAGCACCUCAGAAAAGCAAUACUCAGUCUUUUGUAACCUUAGAUAACAGUUGUCCUUUUAACCGACUGCUUAACCGUAUCUCAUUUAACUUGUAAGUUUGUGUCCUAAUAUUUAUUAUUAGCUCUUCUGUAUGUAGUGGCAGGCAGUGAUUACUCGGUAUAUGUGACAACAAGCACAAGCUGGAUGGAUUAUGUGAAGGAUGAAGUCCUAUUUAUGUUUGCUUAUGUGGGUCUGAUGUGAGAAUUAAAAAUUAAUGCUCUAGAAAAACAUUUGAGUGCAGCAGACCCAAGCACACAGACAUUGCUUUGCCUCUAUUUGGAAUUACACUAUGGCUCUUGUUUUUUCUCCUAAUGAAGUUUGAGCUCACGGGGAAGUGUAGCCCCUUGGCAGACACCGACACACAGGAUGGUGUCUGCUAAUGACAAAGAGUGAGGGAGGCCUCAGGCUCCACUUCUCCAAACACCUUUGUACUGUUUUUAAGUCUCUGUGUACUGGGCAAUGCCAUUUCAUGAAGCUGUGCAGCAGGCCCCAGAGGAUGCUCUCUGCAGGCACUGGAUGCCAUCACCAGUGGAGUACAUCCCCGUGGUGGCAGAUCUACUUGCUAUCACUACAAGCAAAUCUCCCUAGCUAGCUCAUUACUGUUUUGUUACUAAGCAAAAGUUCAUCCUGGACUACUUGGGUUGCUUAUAAGUCAGUUCACAGCAUGCUGAAGUCUCCCUUGAGCUGCCUUUUCCCCUUCUCUCGUACUGAAAAGCCCUUGCUGAGACCCCCCCUAAUACCGGCUGCCCCUCAGGGAGGGGGUACAGCCCCUGCCCUCUGUUCUACACUGAAAUCUGCCACCUGCUCCUUUCUCUGUCUUUGUAUUUUCAGUUGAAGUAUUCAUCAUCUCAAAUGCCUCUUUCCCCCCCCACUUCCUCUAUGUAUGAAUAAACUCAUAUUAACCCUU